AUGACAAGACUAGAAAAAGGGGGCGUGGAAAUGAGGGGGACGAGCAAAGGAGACAAAGGGCCAUUCGGAACGAGCCUUUGCGCUAGAAACCAGUCGCGAGUUGCAACGGGGCGGCAGCGGCGGCAUAUCGCCAGUCGCACACUGCGUCGUCCUCCUGUGCCGUGCCGUGUCGGUGUCGGAGGACCCUCCCAUUCCAUGUCAUUGUCUGUGACCACGUGGUAUAUGUACGUAUGUAGGUUAGUAGGUAAUAUCUCAACAAUUAAAUGGCACCCUUUGUCGACGGACUCACAGAUGACGAACGCGCGUCAACGUCGGAUUGAGUUUGAUACACAGCCAUCCUCCCGGUUGUUUCCCUCUCUCCAACAAGCACGAGAUAGGAUAGCGAUUGUCAAGUCUCGGGAUGACAGAAUUAUAAGUAGGAGUAAACAGGUUAAAGAUGCAAUGUAA